AUGGCUGCUGCAGCUGGAACCGCGGCAGCGCCAGCUGUAGCGACCGACGGGCCGCUAUGGAAGACGCGAUUCCUGGACUAUUUCGUGGUGUGCGGCUUAGGUCUGGACCUGCGGUUAAUGGACGGCACUCGCGGAUUCCACGGCAUGAAGAGCCAUGGUGUGCGCAUUUCGUACAUGCCUGUGCUCAUCGACCGCCUGCCGGCUGAGGAGCACAAGAAAUUCAAGAUCCCGGAAAUGUUACCGUUGGCCGUGCUCCCCGGCGGGCUGCGCUUCUACAGCCAUGGCGCCAACCAGGACGAGCCGCUGUCGUUCCCGCGAUCCUACCCCAUCAUCCUCACCGAGGGCGACGGCACCAAGGUGUACGUGUCAGUGCUGGCGUUCCGCGACCUGGUGGACGAUGACGUGGCGCAGGCGUACUCCAUCCCGCCCAACUCGUACGCGGACAAGUGUCUGUGCGUGGUGUCGCACUACCCCUUCCUCGACACCUUCGCCGACCUCCUCACUGAGAUCCACCGCCUCGCCUUCCAACCGCUCGGCAGCCCGCGGCCGAUAUGGGACAUAAUUGCGGGGGUGAUGUCGGUGCCGCUGCCAUCAAGCCCGCAGCAGACGGUGGUGUUCAGCGUUGAGAGCGUCGUGCUCUCCACCACCCUGCCUGACCCCAACGCCCUCCCCUCCUCGCACGUGUCGUUUCUCCCCCUUGUAAGCUGUCUCGACAUUGACAACAUCAUCCAGCUCUUCACAGCCGUGCUCCUGGAGAGAAGAGUGCUGCUGCUUGGGGGCAUGCUGAAGAUACUGACAAACGUGGCGGAGGCGGUGUCAGGGCUGCUUUACCCCUACAAAUGGAUGCUGCCGUACAUCCCAGUGCUGCCGCUGCCACUGCUGGAGCUGCUGCACGCGCCGGGCAUCUUCAUCUACGGCAUCAACACCUCCGAGUUCGAACUGCAGGACGAACUCGAUGGGGUGGUACUGGUGGAUCUGGAUUCCAACCGCGUGCGCAUGAUGAGUCUGGAGAGCGAGCAGGAGGAGGAGGACAUCCCGCCGCUGCCCGAGCCCGAGGCCUCCGAGCUGAGGGCGGCACUGCACGCGCUGAUCCACCCGCACCUGGCGGUGCUGGAGUCGGUGAGGCACCACCGCUCGCCGCUGCUGGCUGCGGGCGUGCAGCAGUUUGACGAGAAGACGUUCAAGACGUGGGGCCGCCACCACGACGAGCAGUUCCGGCAGCUGUUUCUGCGCUUCCUGGCGUCCGUGCUGCAUGGCUACAAGGACUUCGUGAUGGAGGAUCAUUUUGAGGCGGGCAAGCUGGUGUUUGACAAGCUCAGCUUCCUGCUGCGCCGCUCCGAGCUCUACGAUCACGCCACCGAGCCCUUCAUAGAGGCGAUGCUGUCGACGCUGGGGUGGCACAACUUCUUUGAGUGCGAGCUGGCGCAGUCGCCCGAGGAGCUGACGCAGUUUGACGCCAUCAUGCAGCGCGCACACAACAAGGACCCCCACAUCACAAUCCCCCCGCUGCCUCCCACCGACUUCCUCACCGUCGACAUCUACCAGGCGCUGCCAGCGGCGAAGCGGGGAGCAGUGGGGCGGUACGUGUACCAGCGCUUCCCCAACAACGAGAAGGCCGGCGGCGAGCAGGAGGCCAGAAGUCUGGCGGUGGAGAAGGCCAUGAGGGCGUGGCUCAAGGAGCGGCGUCUGGGGCGCACGCGCAGCUCCAAGGAGCGAGGGGCACAAAGGGAGAUGAUGAAGGUGGACACACAAGUGCGCCUCUGUCAACUAUGGGACCAACUACGAGGGCUUCCUCCCGGCGAGCACCCCAUGGGCUCAGAGCAUUACGGCACUAUCUACGGAAUGAUCGAGUCGGACCCCGAGGGCUUUGGGGGCUCCAGCUUCCUCGCGUGCCUGGAGGAGAACAUCACCAUCGGGUGGUCGGGCGAGCUCACUCGAGAGAUGUUCAUGGCGUGUCGUGAGCUGAUGCUGGUGGCAGCGGCGAGGGCGGGGGAGAGGAGGGACUACCAGGUGGCGGGGGGGCUGUUGGAGAUAGCGGGGCGCAUCUACUUCCGGGACGAGUUCGGCAUGCUCGACUUCAUGCGCCGCUACCUCGGCUCCCUGCACGUCUGGCACUCGCAGGCCCUAUGGGACGAGCUCUUUGAGCAGCGCAUGCAGGAGCUUGGAGAAGAUUCCUUUGGCAACUAUUCACAGAUGGUCAUGCUCACACUCAAAGCCUGCGCCUUCCACAUGGUGGAGUUGGGCAUAGCGGACAAGGAGACGUGGAAGAUGCUGCUGCACCUCGCCAGCGAGCACGGCCUGCGGGAGAAGCGCCAGAACCUGCUGCGCGGCCAGCUGUCCCUGAUCCAGCUCAAGUUCCGCUUCUAUGGCCCGCCACGCCUGGCGCUCAUGAUGGCGCUGGCGCCGCGCAUCGCCCCCAAGAUGGAGCAGGCCACGCGCCUCAAAAGCGCCUCCAUUGCUGGGGGGGGCGGGGCAGGGGCGGACGGUAUGGCGCGUGUGGACAGUAAUAACACUCUGGAGGGGGAAGGGGGGGGGUGCGGCAAGGGCAAGGCGGAUGGGCUUGACCGCCGGGCAGACCGCCUCGUUCAAGCAGAGCCGGUGCACCAUCAGGCGAGGAAGGAGGGCGAGGCGGGCGUGAGGGUGCUGAGGGGGCACAGUGCAGCGGUGACAGCGCUGCACGUGGGGUCCGUGAGCGACCUGGGCGACCUGCUCUCCGGCUGUGAUGACGCCGGCUACUUCGUCUCCGGCUCCGCUGACCGCACUGUGAAGCUGUGGAGUGCGAACCGUGUGGGCGCAGAGAUGCGUGCCACCAUGCGAGGUCACGAGGGGUGCGUGCCGGGGGCUGAUGGGGAGGAGAGAGCAUGGGGAGUGGGUGGGGUGCAUGGGAGGCUCACGGUGCGCGCCAUCUCGUCAAAUGCGAGCAGCAUCCUGUCAGGUGGAGACGACUGCAAGGUGCUGCAUUUCGACAAGCGCACCUCGCUACCCCUCGCCACCCUCGACGCCCCACACUGCCCCUGUCUCCUAUCUCCUGUGUGCGAUUCCUCUCCGGCUUCGCGCGCAGUGCAGCAGUGUACAGCAGGGCUGGACGGGCUGGUGGAGGUGUGGGACAUGCGCUCGCACCGCCGCGCUCUCACCGCGGCGCAGCCCGCACAGGGUGCUGCCGUGCUGUGCCUCAGCUGGCACGAGGACGCGGGAGGGCUCAUUGCCACAGGGCACACUGACGGCUGGCACGAGGAUGGGGGGUCCUUGUUGCUGGGGGGUACUGCAUGUGCUGCUGGGGGAUACUGCAUGUGCUACUGCUGUGUGGUUCUUAGCAGAGACCUCUCCAUGCCUUGUUCCGACUCAUCCCCUUCCUCCUCUUGUUACUCCUCUCCUCACUCCUCUCCUCACUCCUCUCCUCACUCCUCUCUUCACUCCUCUCCUCACUCCUCUCCUCACUCCUCUCCUCACUCCUCUCCUCGCUCCUCUCCUCGCUCCUCUCCUCGCUCCUCCUCCUCACUCCUCUCCUCACGCUUCGCCUUGUCGCCCUCCUCGCCUCGCCCCUUGCUCCUGAGCUGCACCUCCCUGGUGCUCAACCCCGCUUGCCCACUUUCAGCUCUACCCCCACCUCUCAUCUUCUCCUUCCACGCAUUCAUCAGUCGUCCGCUCCACUCACCUUCUCCCUCUCUGCCUCCUCUCGCCCCGUCUUUCCACCAUGUCCUCUGUGCAUGCGGCCAGCACGGCGCGGGUGUGGGACAUGAGGGCGGGCAGGGAGAUGCACUUCCCGAGCACACAGCAACUGGCUGUGUGUUGGUCAACAAGGACAUCAUCAUCACGGGCAGCCACGAUUGGACGGCCAAGAUCUGGUCCGUGGAGACGGGCGACUGUGAGAAGAUCCUGACCGCACACGGCGGGGCAGUGAGCACCAUGGACUACUGCACAUCAUCGCACCGCCUUGCCACCGGGUCGGCAGACGGCAUGGUCCGCAUCUGGAAGAAGGAGGACGACCAGUACAUUCCGCAGGAGACGAGUGGGUCAUCGUCAUUGGAGGCGGUGGUGGCAUACUCAACUCCCAUCUCCCACUCUCCCAUUACCCACACUGACCUCCUUCCUCGUCUCCUUCCCCCGGUCCCCCCCGCAACAGACCAGUACAUACCGCAGGAGACGAGUGGGUCGUCAUCAUCAGAAGCAGUGGUGGCGGUGCGGCUGAUGGACGAGGUGACAGGCGUGGCCACCGCCAGCAACCAGCUCAUGUUCCUCGAAUUCACCGACGCUGAUGGCCGCGUUGGUGGCACCGGCAGUGGCGGCGGUGACCCGUCCACGUGGGCCGUCAGCAAGAUGGUUGCCAACAUGCCCGAUGUGGUGCGGCACGUGGCAGUGGAUCUGGACUAUGGCCGCGUGCGCAGCGGCUCCCACACCCACCCAUGCCCCCCUCUUCUCCCCCCUCCCCUGCCUUUCCCCCAAAAGGUGCGACACGUGGCAGUGGAUCUGGACUAUGGCCGCAUGUGCAGCGGCUCCCACACGGGCGCCAUCCGCAUUUGGGACGCAUUCCCCGAGGCCGCAGGGGCGGCAGCGGCGGCUGUAGCAGCAGGGCUGGGUGGCGUGCCGGCUGCAGCAGCGCCCAGCAAGUAUGACCUCACUGGCGUGUGGGACAUCUUGGAUUCCUCUGCAGCGCCGGCGUGA